AUGCAGCCAUAUUCAAGAACUGGAGGUACUAGGAAGUGUUUUUACGAGUUCCAGACAUUAGUAGCAUGUUAUACUUCGGCAGACACUGCUACAAAGAAAGAAUGUACACCUCAAUUUGAUGACUAUUUUGAAUGUUUACAUGGUUUCAAGGAAAGAGAAAAAACGAGAAUCAUGCUUCAACAAUUGAAAGACAAUGAACAAAGUAAGAAUGGAGUGGUUGCUUCUGAUUUGUACAAGUCAAGUGGCUCUGUGUAUGAGAGUCUAGAUCUCGUAGGAAAACAGGCUGAAAAAUGA